UCGCUUUCCUCUCCCUCCCCCCCCCCCUCCUUCCUCCUUCCCUACCUAACCCGGCAGACGGGACAGAUGACUCGGCGGCGCAGGAGAUCUGCGGGCCACUAUCUUGCACAAAGGACCUGCUUGCUCGUCCGCCGGUUACCGCAAGGCAGACGAUGAGAUGUCCGGGACCACUUCGCAGGCGGAUCCGGUAGAUGCCACGGCGCGGACGGUUCUGCUCAACCGGCCCCAGAGCACCAAGUUCUGUGACAACCACGUCAGUACCACCAAGUAUGGGGUGCUCACUUUUCUUCCUCGGUUCCUGUACGAGCAGAUCAGACGGGCCGCCAACGCUUUCUUCCUGUUCAUCGCUCUCAUGCAGCAAAUCCCCGACGUCUCGCCGACGGGCCGCUACACCACCCUGGUACCGCUCAUCUUCAUCCUCACCGUGGCCGGGAUCAAAGAGAUCAUAGAGGACUAUAAAAGACACAAGGCGGACAACACGGUUAAUAAGAAGAAGACAACAGUGCUGCGGAAUGGAGCCUGGCAGACUGUCAUCUGGAAACAGGUGGCAGUAGGAGACAUAGUGAAGGUGACCAAUGGCCAGCACCUUCCAGCUGACAUGGUCAUAGUGUCCUCCAGUGAACCCCAGGCCAUGUGUUACACCGAGACCUCCAAUCUGGAUGGGGAGACCAACCUGAAGAUCAGACAGGGUCUCCCCCUUACAGCAGGUCUCCAGUCCCUCGAAGAGCUGAUGGCUCUGUCUGGUCGUCUGGAGUGUGAAGGUCCCAACAGACACCUCUAUGAUUUUACUGGCACGCUGCGACUGGAAAACCAGAAUCCGGUUCCUCUUGGCCCGGACCAGGUGUUGCUACGUGGCGCCCAGCUCCGAAACACGCAGUGGGUUGUGGGAAUCGUCGUCUACACCGGACAUGACUCCAAACUGAUGCAGAACUCAACCAAGGCGCCUCUGAAGCGCUCCAACGUGGAACGAGUGACCAACGUCCAGAUCCUGGUCCUGUUCUGCAUCCUGCUGGUCAUGGCCCUGAUCAGCUCUGUGGGCGCUGCCAUCUGGAACAGGCAGCACACCGAGGAGGCCUGCUGGUACCUCUCCCGCGCUGGGGACAUCUCCACUAACUUCGCUUACAACCUGCUGACGUUCAUCAUCCUCUACAAUAACCUGAUCCCGAUCAGCCUGCUGGUCACUCUAGAGGUGGUCAAAUUCACACAGGCGCUCUUCAUCAACUGGGACGUGGAGAUGUACUACCCAGAGACGGACACGCCUGCCAUGGCCCGGACGUCCAAUCUCAACGAAGAACUGGGCCAAGUGAAGUACCUCUUCUCCGACAAGACUGGAACCCUGACCUGUAAUGUCAUGCACUUCAAGAAGUGCACCAUCGCCGGGAUAACAUACGGCCACUUCCCCGAUCUCGACUGUGAGCGUUCGAUGGAGGACUUCAGCCAACUGCCGUCCAACAGCAAUAACUCCACAGAGUUUGACGACCCCGGCUCUCAUCCAGAACAUCGAAAAGAACCACGGCGGACCACCCUUGCAUUAGGAUUGUUCGUAGAUGGAAAGUUUUAUUACUACAAGUUUUCCCACUUGGCGGUGUGGGGCAGCAUGGCGCUCUGGAUGGUCUUCUUCGUGGUCUACUCCGCCAUCUGGCCCUCCAUACCCAUCGCUCCUGAUAUGCUGGGCCAGGCUGGCAGGGUGAUGCAGUGCUGGUACUUCUGGCUGGGCCUGGUCCUGGUGCCCGCUGCGUGCUUACUCAAAGACUUCGCUUGGAACGCUGGGCGUCGCACUGUGAGGAAGUCUCUCCUGGAGGAGGUGCAGGAGUUGGAGGCGCAGGCCAUAGACCCGGGGGCGGCUGUACUCAGAGACGCAAGCAGCCGCAGUCUAAACGAACGGGCCCAUCUGUUGACAAGAGUCUUUAGGAAGACGCCGUCGAGCGUAGGCCGCUCCAACUCGGUGCAGCAGACCGUGUCACAUGGCUAUGCCUUCUCCCAGGAGGAGCACGGGGUCGUGUCUCAGUCCCAGGUCGUGCGCUCCUACGACACCACCCGCCAGCGCCCCAGCCUCUAGCCCCCCCACCCCCCCACCCCACCCCCCCGACCGCUGCCUCAGCUUGCCGGAGCAACGGUUUGUCAGGACGACAGCAGAGAGACAGACUUGAUGUUGCGACACCCUCACACCGGGGGUGACGGAACCCUGCUGCGGCCUUACUGGAACUAUGACCUGAUCCCCCAACCACCUCCUCCAACCCCCUCCUCCCCCCCCCCCCAUCUGAGGGUGGUUGCGGGGACGCGGAGGCCGUCGCGGGGGCACGGAGACUGACGGGAGUGGGAAGAAGGGACAAGGACGUGUGUGGAAUAAACCGUCUCCAAACUCCCACUCCAGAUGCACAGGCAUGAGCAAUCGCAUCCAUGCAUAGACACGAGCAAUCAAACUCAAAGACUGCUUACCUGCAACUGUGCGUCCUGCAGCCGGGGUUUGGUUUGUGCCACUGUCUGUCAGUAUGUGUGUGUGCAUUCCAAGGUGUCUGUAUCUGCCUGUGCAUGUGUGUCUGCACGCCUUGGUGCUCCUGUGUGUCGCUGUGUGUGUGUGUGUGUGUGUGUGUGUGUGUGUGUGUGUGUGUGUGUGUGUGUGUGUGUGUGUGUUUGCCUCCACGGUUUUCUCUCAUCUCCCUCUCCUGAGCUUGGCUUAGCUAGUCUGUCAUCGCAUGCCCAUGGGGGAGGGGGAAGGACUUCAAAAUAAACACACACAUACACACUCGGUCCCAAAAGGAAUUCCUCCCAGAGGGAGGGAGGUGCAAACCCAGGACCCCUACGCCUCUACGCCCCGGCUCCUUGCCCCCAUGCCAGUACGACGCCUCGCCGGCAGAGUGCCGCAGAGGUACCACUGAGCCAGAACCAUAAGCCCUGAACCUCUUUUAUUGGCUGCUGCUCUGCUCCAAUCGGGACCUCCUCCCACACCCAGGAGCUCUCUCUCUCUCUCUCUCUCUCUCUCUCUCUCUCUCUCCCCAUCCACACUUCUCUCUCCCCCCCCCCCAUUCUCGCCACUACUGUGAAUCCUGUGAGUCGUUAUGUGACAUGACGCGGCACGGCGAGGCCUGUCUGGCCCGAGAGACCGGCUGACCUGGAGGCGGCGGCGGCGGCGGCGGCCUGGGCUCAAGAGCUUCCUCCUUCGCUUCUGUUGGAAUUCCUCUCACCACUGGACUUUUUUGUUUCUGUUGAAUAAAGUGGACACGUGUCUCUGUUUUUUGUUGUGUUUUCUCUCUCUUAAUCAAUGCCAGUUUUUCUUUCUUUCUUUUCUUUUUUUUUACUAAUUUAUGGACAAACCUGUUAGAAGAAAUGUUUUACUUGAACUAGCGCUGCUCGGUGUCCGACAGAGAUGUGGCGUUGGAUUGAUUGAGAUGCUUGGGUUACGUCAUGUGUUUUUGUUUUUUGCCUCUGGGAUAUGGCUGAAUGUCCAUUGUCUUGUGUGCUCUGUGUUGAGGACAGCCAGGUCCAGGA